AAGCGCCGGUCGAAGAAGCGGCUCAAGACAUCAGUUUUGGGUAGAAGAAAAUGGCCCGAACCAAGCAGACUGCUCGUAAAUCCACCGGGGGGAAAGCCCCGCGCAAACAGCUGGCCACCAAGGCUGCCCGGAAGAGCGCCCCCUCUACCGGCGGGGUGAAGAAACCGCACCGUUACAGGCCCGGGACCAUUGCGCUUCGAGAGAUCCGGCGUUACCAGAAAUCGACCGAGCUUCUGAUCCGGAAGCUGCCCUCCCAGAGGUUGGUGAGGGAGAUCGCCCAGGAUUUCAAAACCGACUUGAGGUUCCAGAGCGCGGCCAUUGGCGCUCUGCAGGAGGCUAGCAAAGCGUACAUGGUGGGUUUAUUUGAGGAUACCAACGUGUGUGCCAUCCACGCGAAGAGAGUCACCAUCAUGCCCAAAGACAUCCAGUUGGCUCGCCGGAUACGGGGAGAGAGAGCUUAAGAGAAGGCGGUUUUUACGGUGUUUUGUAGUAAAUUCUGUAAAAUACUUUGGUUUAAUUUGUGACUUUUUUUUGUAAGAAAUUGUUUAUAAUAUGUUGCAUUUGUACUUAAGUCAUUCCAUCUUUCACUCAGGAUGAAUGCGAAGUGACUGUCCACAGGCCUCAGUGGUGAGCGCUGUUGCUCGGGAGUGACGAGUUGCUAAUAUGCAGAAGGGGUGGGUGAGGUUUCUUGCUUCUCAUGAUGCAUGUUUCUGUAUGUUGAUGACUUGUUUGGGUAGCUAUUAAGGUACUAGAAUUGAUAAAUGUGUACAGGGUCCUUUUGCAAUAAAACUGGUUAUGACUUGAUCCAAGUGUUUAACAAUUGGGGCUGUUAAGUCAGACCAUACAUCACUGUGAUAGAAUGUGGGCUUUUUCAAGGGUGAAGAUACAAGUCUUAACCACAGUGUAACUUACAGUUUCCUUAAAAAAAAAAAAAAAAAGUAAACCUGGCAGCUAUAGAAUAUACUAUGUGCAUU